GCUAGAUUUCAUUCGAUCCGUUGAGCCAGCCAUGACGAACGGGUACCUCUUCCGGGAGUACAUCGGCGCGCAGUUCACCGGCGUCCAGUUCUCCGACGUGCCCGUCAACACCGGCGUCAGCUUCCACUUCAUCCUCGCCUUCGCCAUCGACUACCUGGCGAGCCAGCAGUCCAAGCCCACGCCGACCAACGGCGUCUUCAAGCCGUUCUGGGACACGGGCAACCUCACGCCCGCCGCCAUGGCCGCCGCCAAGGCGGCCCACCCUAACCUGAGCAUCAUGGUCAGCCUCGGCGGCGACACCGUCCAGAACACCGGCGUCAACGCCACAUACGCGCCGACCUCCGUCGACUCGUGGGUGGCCAACGCCGUCUCCUCCCUCUCCGCCAUGAUCAACCAGUACGGGCUGGACGGCGUGGACGUGGACUACGAGCACUUCGGCACCGACGUCGACGCGUUCGUGGAGGGCAUCGGCCGCCUGCUCACCCAGCUCAAGGCCCGCUUCCCCAACAUCCGCACCUCCGUCGCGCCCUACGACCUCCCAGUCAACCAGAAGUACUACCAGGCUCUGUGGAGGAAGUACUCCGGCGUCAUCGAUUAUGUUAACUUCCAGUUCUACGGCUACGGCGCCAACACCAUCGUCCAGUACUACGUGCAGUUCUACGACGAGCAGGCGCGCAACUACCCCGGCUCCGGCGGCACCAAGUUGCUCGCCAGCUUCAAGACCGGCAGGGCAAGCUGCCGGGGAUCUUCAUCUUUUCGGCGGAUAGCUCUAAGAUGAGCCCCUACAGGUUUAAGUAUGAGACCCAGGCGCAGCAGAUCGUCGCCAACCACUAAGUGGUGGAUUCUAUCCAUGCUUGCGGUGUACACUGAAUAAGACAAGUUUGCUGCAUACAUACAGCAUAUAUACGUACGAAGCCAUGUAACCCGGAUAUGUACGCGGGGACUAAAUAAAUGUCGUGUACGUAACUCAAGCUUGAAUAAGCGGUAUUACCAUGCAAAAAAAAAAAAACUUGAAUAA